AUGUUGGUGGCGCCCGCUCAAAGUCUAGCAAUCGAGGCUCUGCCCAAUGGGCGAUCGGAGCAGGGAUCUCAGCUUGAAUGUAUCGGCCGCGCUCGGUUGUCGUCAGCGAAUCCCAGCCCUGAAGGCCUCCAAGACCGGAUGGGCCCCACGCUGCUCGACCCUCCAUCAGCUGAGGGUGUGUCUCCUACUCGACAGGUCGAACCUCCUGAAAAGGCUUGCGUAUGA